UUCCUCCGUCCAGUAUAAGAAAAACCUUGAAAGCCUUCGGUUUGUACUUUUCCCUUAACGCUGUCCAUUUUGAUUUCCCGACACCAUACAGAAUGUCUCUCGAUGAAAAAUUCAACAAAGCUGCCGAGGAUAUUAAGUCUUUGAAAGCAACGCCAACGACCGACGAAUUUAAAGAAAUCUAUGCCUUGUUUAAACAAGCCACUGUUGGAGAUGUGAAUGUCGCUCGUCCCGGCAUGUUGGAUUUAAAAGGUAAAGCUAAAUGGGAUUCUUGGGAAUCGAAGAAAGGCAUGUCCAGUGAAGCUGCCAAGGACGCCUAUGUUGCUAAGGCUGCAGAGUUGGUGGCAAAGUAUGGUGCAUGAUGAGAGGACAAGGACGUAUGCUCUGUGCUAUUCUGUAAUUGGAUCAUAUUACACGGUCGUGAACUCAUGA